AUGAUAUAUUGUGGCAAGACGUCGCAGGGCUGCGAGCAGUGUCGGACUCAUCGCAUCAAGUGUGAUAGGAAAACGCCCGACUGCUCACAAUGCGUCCGGGUCAGCAAAGAGUGUCCUGGUUAUCGCGACCAGUUCGCCAUCUUGUUCCGCGACGAGAGCAGUAAGGUGAUGCAGAGGGCUCAUUCCCAGUGGGGCGUCGAGCGAAUAUCGUCGUCGCCGUCUUCUGGCAAACCUACUAAUGAUAUGCAGGCCUCAAGGAAGUAA